UUUAUACCUCAAUUUCAUUGACUUAUACCAGGGAGACCCUGGGAUUUUCUCUACGCUAUUUAAAAACGGUGUACACCUAACUCACCUCCAUGUGUAUACCAUUAAAUUGAUCCGGUCCCUCUUUUUUUUUUUCCAAUUCUCUUAUUUCCUCGCGCUUAGAAAAAGAACUAUUGCAUUUGGUUCCUGGAGGAAUUGUCAAAAUCCAGUACCGCAAGGUCUUCAUAUCCAAAAUGACACAAAGUCAGCCGACACUUCUACCACCGGAUAUCAUGGAAUCACAAUUAUCCAUGAUUGAUCUCCUUACAGCUAUGUUCCCUUCACCAGGCGAACUUGACAUCCCAACAUCAACAGCCCAAUGCGUCGAAAAGCUCCGGGACUGGUGUCAGGACCCAGCCAUUGAGCUCUCUGGCAUGCCAUCAAGCUUACUCCUCGCUGUGUGUCUACCUAUCGUAGAAGGAGAGAAAACAAUCCAAGUCAACAUCUCGAUUCCCCUGCAAGGCGAGGGUCCCGAGAUUGAACAACCACCGCCAUUGAAUUAUACGCUUCGACAACCAGACUGGAUGUCCAAAGCCGAGGUUGCGGGACUGGCCGCCGCAAUGCCCCAAGAUGAUGUGCUCGAGGCAUUUGAAUAUGUUCGCGAGGAAGCGCUCCGUUUCCUUGAAACAAGACAGACGUCCGUUUCUGAGGCUGUGGCGGGUGAUGCGGAACCCAUCGUGCGAGUUUGGUUCUACUUCCCGUCGCUGUCGACUCGAGAAAAGAGGGAUGAUAUGGUUAACAAUGCGCCGGCCUAUUCUCUGACUGGUUUUGUGUUGGCCGGUAAGCCUGGGGUACUGUGUCUGGAGGGUGGGUCGGCGGAUAUCGAUGCUUAUAUGAGGUUUGUCAAGACACACUCGUGGGGCGAUAUCCCCAGUCAUCAGAAAAAGGUCAGCGAGAGGUUUCGGGAGACGGAAGGUGUUCAGAGGGUGUUCUCGGGGAUGCAGGAAAUUACGGAUUCUCUCGGUGAACGGAGUGGUCAGAGAGCUAAUAGAGGUGAUAUGCAGGCGUUAGAGGCAUGGCUGCGGGAUAGAGGGUUACAAGAAGCAUUUGAGAAAGUUAUAUUUUGAAUGCCUU